AUGGGUUUCAUCAAGAAAACACCCAACGCGGCUGUCAGUCAGUCCGUUGUUGGUCGCGCCAAUGCUGUAAAGCAGAAUGGUAUUAGGGGCAUGUUCGCCAAUCCUUAUGUCUUCAUGACCUGUCUCUUCGCCUCCCUGGGCUGUAUGAUGUAUGGUUAUGACCAGGGAGUGAUGGGUUCAAUCCUUGUCAUGGAAAACUUCGAAGCACACUUUCCCACCCUCACAGGCUCUAGUAUUCAGGGGUGGCUUGUGGCUUCAUUGGAACUUGGUGCUUGGGCGGGUGCACUAUUGAACGGUUACCUCGCGGACAGAAUCUCCAGAAAGUAUAGCAUGCUGGUUGCUGUGGUCGUCUUCACACUAGGGACUGGGUUGCAAACUGGUGCUCAGAACCCCGGAAUGCUUUUCGCGGGACGAGUAAUUGGCGGUAUUGGCAUUGGAAUGUUCAGCAUGGUUAUCCCCCUUUACCAAGCCGAGAUUGCUCCACCUGAACUUCGUGGUUCCCUUGUCUCGCUGCAACAACUUUCCAUCACCGUUGGUACCUGUAUAGCGUUCUGGCUAGAUUACGGGAUGCAUUUUGUCGGAGGAACCCAUUGCGUCCCUGAUGGAGUACCAAAUAAUGGAUACGGUUCAGAUGGCAAGUUCUCUCCUUCUCUCGCCCAUGGGCAUACCUGCACGGGCGAGAAAGCCAUCUCUUGGAGAGUCCCACUUGCACUCCAACUCAUCCCAGCCUGGAUACUGUUCUUCGGGAUGUUCUUCCUUCCAUUCUCCCCACGAUGGCUCAUGAUGAAGCACCGUGACGAAGAAUGUAUCGCCUCUCUGUCCAAACUUCGCCGUCUCGAACCUGACAAUGCGCUUCUGCGAGCGGAAUACCUUGAGAUCAAAGCCGCCGUCCUGUUUGACGAAGAGACCGAGGCGGAAUACAAUGCUACAAACAAAUUUGGAGCGUGGAGAGCACUCUUCGCCGGAAACAUGCUCAAGCGUCUCGGCAUUGGUUGCUGGCUGAUGAUCUUCCAGCAGUUUACUGGAAUCAACGCAGUGCUAUACUACGCUCCUCAAAUCUUCGCCACCUUCGGUUUCACAUCCGUCACCACUGAGCUCCUAGCUACAGGCGUGACUGGAAUCCUGCAAAUCAUCUUCACGCUUCCCGCAGUUCUCUUCCUCGACAAGUUUGGCCGAAAGUCAUUCUUGAUCACCGGUGCUAUUGGAAUGUGCGUCUGCCACGUAAUUGUCGCAGCCCUUGACGGCACCUUCGAAGACUCGUGGCCAACGCACACGUCUGCAGGCUGGGCAUCCAUCGCAUUCAUCUGGCUCUUUGCCGUCAACUUCGCCUACUCCUGGGGCCCCGUUACAUGGGUUCUCACGCAGGAGAUCUUCCCCAACAGCAUGCGCUCCCGUGGUGUAGCCAUCGUAGCAUCCACCAACUGGAUGUUCAACUUCGUUAUCGGUCUCACAACCCGUGAUAUGCUUGACAGCAUGAAGUACGGGACAUAUAUCUUCUUUGCUGCUUUCUGUGCCGGAGGCGCCAUAUUUGUGUGGUUGCUGGUCCCUGAAACCAAGAACAAGACGCUCGAGGAGCUAGAUAUCUACUUUGGCGGUGAUAACAAUAGCAUUGCGGUGGCUGAUAAGGCCAGGAUGCAGAGGAUUGAGGAGAGCUUGGGUCUGGCUGGUGUGCAGACAGUGGAAGAUUUGAAGACGGAGAAGGUUAUUGGACACGAGGAGACUGUGGGGCUUUGA